CCCUCUCUUCAGCAGCCAUGGCUCAUUCUGCCUGCCUUUUGAGAUCGUUUCGCUUCCAGGUGGUGGUGAUUCGAUUGAGAGUAGGUAAAAAUGGUGGAGAGAACACAGGGAAGGAAAGAAGAGGUCGUGACGAGAGAGUACACCAUCAACCUCCACAAGCGGCUCCAUGGCUGCACAUUCAAGAAGAAGGCUCCUAAAGCCAUCAAAGAAAUAAGAAAUUUUGCAAAGAAAGCGAUGGGCACAAGUGACGUGCGGGUUGAUGUGAAGCUGAACAAGCAUAUUUGGAGUCGGGGCAUCCGGAGUGUACCGAGGAGGAUUCGAGUUAGGAUUGCUCGCAAGAGGAACGAAGAUGAAGAUGCAAAAGAAGAGCUCUAUUCUCUGGUUACUGUCGCCGAAAUUCCCCCCGAAGGCCUUAAGGGGCUCGGAACUCAGGUAGUUGAUGAGGAGGAGGAAUAAAAAUGUAUUCUUCUUUUUGUCUUUUACAUUGUUUCUUGACAUGUUAUAUUAUUAUGCAUUUUUGGUUUAUUUUUAGUUUUGUUUGUCUGUGACAGAGUGCUUUUUUCUUUCUUAAUGUUCUUGGAUAGUUAGUUUUUGAGUUGAAAUAUGGUUCUGGAUUUAAUGUUCUCUUGAUGAAUUAAGCAUUAUUGGAUAUAAUUUAUUUUUUAGGGUGGUGGAAAAUUAA